GCGGCCGCGUGAAUUUUGUACGCGCGAGCCAUGGACUGAUUUGUUUGGAAAAAUCGCCCUGGCGCGUUCUUUUUUCUCGUCCUCGGUUUCAUUUUUCUUUUCGUGUCCACCCCAACACCGUUCACGGACAAAUUUCGCGUGUCGAUCGUAUCUAUCGCCGUGUUACAGAGUGUAUCGUUGAGAUCCGGUCAAAAGGUUUGGGGAAUCCGUGCCGGCAGAACAGUGGAGAGAAAAAUUGCAGUGUUAAGCAGUGUGUAGUGAGAAGGACGGUGCGAUGGCAGUGGCUGCGGGGCCACGCCGGCCACGCACGCUCCUCCUUGGUGAUGAACUCGCUUCCGGGAAUAGUUUCGGAACGAGACUGUGCACGGUCCUCGCCGGACUUCCGUUGAUCCUCGCCUUCGUACAGGUUGCCGCCAUCAGGCUCGCUGAUGAUAGCGACUGUGGAAACAAUAGUUUCGGAUGUCUCAAUGGCACCUGCAUACCAUCUACUUUGGUCUGCAAUUAUCAAAAAGACUGCGAAACUGCAGAAGAUGAGUUCCAAUCAUGUCCACCGCCCGACUGUGAUGUUGGACAGAUCACCUGUGGCCAGUAUAUUUUUAAUAAGACUUAUUGUAUUCCUCCUCAUCAGCGAUGUGACAUGACUGUCGACUGUGUCGAUGGAACUGAUGAAGCUGGCUGUAAAUAUAGGAAAUGCCAGCCAGAUGACUUCCGCUGCGGUGGAACGACUCCAGAGCUAUGUAUUCCGAAGGAGAAGAGGUGUGACGGAUACUUGGACUGUCGAAAUGGUCGAGACGAAGAAAAGUGUGAUUCUAGCAAACCGGCUUGCAGAUUGGACCAGUUUAGGUGCAAUUCAACGCAACGUUGCAUCGAACAAUCAGCCAGGUGCAACUAUAAGGACGAUUGUGGGGAUAAUAGCGACGAAGAAAAUUGCAACUUUCAACCGUGCACAAUCAAUCAGUUCCGAUGCGCAAACGCCAUGUGCAUACCAAAGUCAUUUCACUGCGACGGUUACAAGGAUUGCCACGAUGGUUCUGAUGAGAAGUCCUGCACCGUGACAGUGUGCCCUGGGAACAAGUUUAUGUGCCCAAAGGGCGCACCAGAUGGGAAACCCCUUUGCAUAGAUCGCUCCCAGCUCUGCGAUGGGAAACAUGACUGCGAAGAUGAUGCUGACGAAGAAGCUGCAUGUUCGGCGAGUAUGUGCAAUCUGUUAAGAUGCCGGUACAAGUGUCAGGCAUCUCCGAUGGGUGGAGCUUGCUAUUGCCCGGAGGGUAGGAUUCUUGCCAAUGAUUCGAGAACUUGCAUAGAUCGCGACGAGUGUUCUGAAUGGGGCUUCUGCGAGCAGCUUUGCGAGAACACGGACGGUUCUUACAUCUGCAGCUGCGCCCCUGGCUUCGUGCUCCACCCUCCCAACAUAUGUCGAGCCACGUCCCACGAAGGAGUCUCCCUCGAGCUCCUAGUGGCCCAAGAACGUGCUAUCUGGCGAAUGUCUCCAUCCGGAGAAGAUCGAACAAUAAUCGCCAAUACAACCGGCGCCAGUGGUGUGGACUACCUCUACUCCAGGAACAUGCUCUUCUGGAGCGACGUAAAGACCAGAAAGGUUCACAUGGAGCCACUCUACGGAGAAGGAACCGGUUCCAAUGUAGAUAUCUUCUUAAUAAGCUCCUGGGGCCCAGUGUCCAUCGCGGUGGACUGGAUAGGCGAAAAGCUCUACGUUGUGGACUCUGUGGUCCAAAAAAUAGACGUGUUCGAACUAGAUGGAAGAUACCACGGGAUUGCCCUGGGUUCCAAUCUGACAAAUCCAGCGGACAUCGGUCUGGACCCCACGCUUGGCCUAAUGUUCAUAGCAGACAGCAAACAAGUCCUCAGGGCAAACAUGGACGGCACAAAUGCCUUUCCAGUCGUUUCGGAAGCCGUUUACGAGGUCUCCGGCAUCGGUGUGGACGUGAUCUCGCGAAGGAUCUUCUGGUGUGAUUCCCAGCUCGACUAUAUAGAAACUUCCGACUAUCUAGGAAGAAAUAGAGUCAUGAUCCUCAGAGGAUCGCAUACACCAUCUCCAACUAGGCUCACGCUCUUCGAGAACAGGAUUUUCUGGACGGACAGCAAGAAACAAGCUAUAAUGAGCAUGGAUAAGACUCAAGGAGUUUAUUCCCUGCAAACGGUUUUCAAAAUGAGGGAUGCAAAGGCUAUAAAAGCUCUACACCUUCUCACACAGCCCACAGUUUCUAAUCCCUGUGGAAAUAACAACGGGGGAUGUCAGCAUAUGUGUAUCGUAACCGCAGCCAGCGAUCAGGAGAACCGAUUAGGCUACCGGUGCGCGUGUCACAUAGGCUGGAGGCUCUCCAUGGAUCAAAGGAACUGCAAUCUCGUCCAGGAGUUUCUGAUGUACUCGCAACAGAGAUUUAUCAAAGGAAAGGUUUUAAACCCUGUGAUGGAGGGAUUUAGUGAUGCUAUACUUCCGGUGGUGUCAAGAACGGCCAGAUUCGUUGGACUGGACUACGAUGCGAGAGACCAGUACAUCUACUACAGCGACGUCCUCCAGGACGUCAUCUACAGGAUUAAACAGGACGGAAGUGGAAAAGAAAUUGUCUUAGCCAGUCAGAAUGAAGGAGUAGAGGGUCUAGCCGUCGAUUGGGCUUCUAAGAACCUUUAUUAUAUUGAUUCCAGAAGGGGUACCUUAAAUGUUCUCAGUACUCAAAAUGUUACUUAUAGGAGAACUCUUCUGAAAAACCUGAAGAGACCUAGGGCUAUUGUUAUUCAUCCUAAUCACGGGUUUAUCUUUUUCUCUGAGUGGGAUCGACCUGCCAAUAUUAGCAGAGCUUAUACCGAUGGUUCGAAUCUCGUGGUUUUCCGGAAUUUGACCUUAGGGUGGCCUAAUGGAUUGGCUAUUGAUUUUAUGAAGGACAGAUUGUAUUGGUGCGAUGCUUUAUUGGAUCAUGUGCAACAUUCGAAUUUGAAUGGUACGGAUGUCAGGACUGUUAAUUCCAGACUGAUCAGGCAUCCAUUCUCUAUGGUUAUUCACGAAGAGUGGAUGUAUGUUACUGACUGGAAGCUGGAUGCUAUUAUCAGGUUGAAUAAGGAGAGUGGAGACCAGGAGGUGGUUUUGGUGAGAGAACCAGCGAGUAAUAGAUUGUACGGAGUGAAGGUUUAUAGCAAGGAUAUUCAGACUUCGUCGCCGGACCAUCCGUGUGCGAUUGGUAACGGGGGAUGCGAAAAACUUUGCUUUGCUGUUCCGCAUAAUAAUACCAACAGAUACGGAACAGCUCGCUUAACGCGUUCCUGUGGCUGCCCGUACGGCGAACGCCUCCAGCCCGACGGCCGAUCGUGUGCCCCAGAUCCAGAAACCGAGCCCCCCCUUGAAGCCUGCCCGAACGGCUGGGACUUCACUUGCGCAAAUCAGCGCUGCGUCUCGAACACUUGGGUUUGCGACGGUGAGAAUGACUGUCUGGACAACAGCGACGAGCAGAACUGCACCACGAAGCCCACCUGCGGCCCCAACGAGUUCCAAUGCAAGUCUGGCCGGUGUGUGCCGAUGAGCUUCCGCUGCGAUUCGGAGAAGGACUGCGGGGACGGGUCCGACGAGGCAGGAUGCCCUAACGUGACCUGCAGCGCCAAUCAAUUCGCCUGCGCCAACAACAGGUGUAUUCCUAGCACUUGGAAAUGCGACUCGGAGAACGAUUGUGGCGACAGUUCCGACGAAGGCGAGUUCUGCGUAGCAAAAACCUGCUCGUACUUUCAGUUCACCUGUCCCAGGUCGGGCCAUUGCAUUCCCCAGCCGUGGGUCUGCGAUGGGGAUAACGACUGCUUCGACCAGCAGGAUGAGAUGGACUGUCCGCCGGUUACUUGCCUUAGCACGCAAUUCACCUGCGCGGACCAGAAAAUGUGCGUUUUGGAUUCUUACAAAUGCGACGGAAUCUCCGACUGCAACGACGGAAGUGACGAGGUGGGCUGUCCCACACUGGCGCCGGAUCAGUGUAACGGAGAGAAACAGUUUCAGUGCGCGGGAGCAGCUAUUUGUAUCCCCAGGAGCUGGUACUGCGAUGGAACUCCGGACUGUCCGGACAGGUCCGACGAACCUGGACCUUCCUGUGGAAACGUGGCUUGUCAGCCUGGGUUCUAUAGGUGUAGGAAUGAGAAAUGUGUGUUCAAAGCUUAUAUUUGUGACGGGAAGGAUGAUUGUGGAGACGGGUCUGACGAAGAUGUGGAGCUGCACGCUUGUGCUGCGCCGGAGUUCAAGUGUGGGGGGAUGCAAUGGAAGUGUCCUAAUGUGACGGAUCGGUGUGUUAACGAGUCGAGUGUCUGCGACGGGAAGAUGGACUGUCCUAACGGGGCUGACGAGGGACCGGGAUGCGAUUUUCAGGAGUGUAAAUACCGAGGCGGCUACUGCAGCAACGGUUGCAUGCAGACGCCUAUGGGUAAGCAGUGUACCUGCCCCCCUGGCGAGGAGCUCAGCAAAGACGGUUACAAUUGCCAGGACCUAAAUGAGUGUGAUCCCCCAGGAAAAUGCUCUCAAAUCUGCGUGAACAUCAAAGGCGGCUACUAUUGCAACUGUGAGGACGGUUACAGUCUAGAAAAAGACAAGCACACCUGCAAAGCUUUCAACCACAGUGCAGCAUUUCUAAUAAUCUCCAACAGACACACAAUUCUAGUCGCAGAUCUACAAGACCAGGCUUUAGAAAGAGUUCCGAUAAACGUAGAAAAUGUCGUGGCGACGGCUAGUAACAUGCAUACAGGCACUAUCUUCUGGUCUGACAUGAAAUUGAAGAAAAUCUCUAGAUUGGACAGGGGCAGCGACCCACAGGACGUAAUAUCCACUGGAUUGGACCUGGUUGAAGGCCUGGCCUACGAUUGGAUAGGACAAAACCUCUACUGGCUCGAUUCCAAACUAAACACCAUCGAAGUUGCUAAAGAAACUGGCGCGAGUCGCAUGAUUCUUGUCAAAGAAAACAUAACUCAACCUAGGGGGAUGUGUUUGGAUCCCAGUCCUGGGGCCCGCUGGCUCUUCUGGACGGACUGGGGCGAAAACCCUAGAAUAGAAAGAAUUGGAAUGGACGGUACUAACAGAUCUAUCAUAAUCCACACAAAAAUCUACUGGCCCAACGGUCUGGCCCUAGAUAUAGCAAAUAAAAGAAUAUAUUUCGCGGAUAGUAAAUUGGAUUUCAUUGACACUUGCCUCUACGAUGGAAGCAAACGGAUCCAGGUCCUAGCUAGUUCUCACUAUCUUCUCCAUCCGCAUUCUUUGACUCUAUUCGAAGACACCAUGUAUUGGACUGAUAGACAACUAAACAGAGUUUUGUCUGUUCAUAAAUUUUACGGUGCAAAUCAGACGGUGGUCUCCCAUUUGAUAUCCCAGCCUCUGUCCAUCCACGUGCAUCAUCCAGUUUUGCAACCAAUCACGCCCAACCCCUGUGCCAACACCACCUGCGCUCACCUCUGCCUAUUAUCUCCGUCCAAUCAGCAGGGUUACAGCUGCAAGUGUCAAGUGGGUUUCAGGCUGCUUCCUAGUGGGCAUUGCUUGGAAGAAGAGACGCCAUAUUUGAUGGUCCUCCGGGGUUCCCAAAUUGUGGACGUCUCUCUAACACCAGGGAGCAGUAAAACAGGUUUUAUAACGCCAGUCGUGGGAGUAGAGGGUGGCAAAUUUAUAGAUUACGACAGGAAAGAGAGGAUUAUCUAUUGGCUACAGACUAGGGACGACGACGACGAGAAUGGAACAAUUUACACGUCGCCUUAUACCGGUGGAAACAAAACAGAAUUUCCCAGCCCGAGUGGGGACAGUGGAAUUGUGGGUGCCCCAUCCGCCAUGGCGUUCGAUUGGCUAGGAAGAAACCUCUUCAUAGGGAAUAAAUUUGCUAACAACAUCGAGGCUAUAAAAGUAGAUGGAAAGAUUAGAUUCAGGACUAUAGUUUUGGCCAACGAUGGGAAUAAGACCUCAGUGGCGAGGCCCAAGGCUCUAUGCGUGGACCCACUUGAGGGUCACGUGUUCUGGGUGGACGAGGGUAGCUUUGGAAUCCCAGCUAAAGUUGCUAGGGUCAACAUGGACGGCUCCCACCCGAUGAUCUUGGUGAAAAACGUGGAAAAACCGGAAGCAAUCACUAUAGACAUCCCUAGCAAGACUAUUUACUUCAGUUCUUUGUAUCCUGCCCUAAUCGUGGCCAUUUCCACAGAUGGGAAGAAUCGGAGGACCAUAGUUUCCGAGAACAUAGCCUCCCCCAAAGCUCUGGCUGUCCACGAAUCAAAACUCUAUCUUCUGGACCCACAAUACGAUAAAAUAGAAAGGGUGGACCUUCCAGAGGGCCUAAAUCCUACACAAAUAGUCGACAACGAUUCGGAAUUGAAGACCCUAACCAUUUACAAGAAAAGAAUUACUGGUGAUCAUCCCUGUUUUGUCAACAAUGGCGGUUGUGAACAGAUUUGUUUGCCAGCCUCGGGGGGGACCAGAGUGUGCGCGUGUGGAAUGGAGUACCACAAAGUGAGCGACACAUCCUGCGAGCCUUUUAAGUCGUUCGCAGUGGUGGCUCAGCUUGAUGUGGUCAGAGGUUAUAGUUUGAAAGAUUCCAAGGAAGCUAUGGUUCCAAUCACCGGACCCGGUCACCACAUUCUUAGCGUGGACUUCCACUACGCACAAACCUGGAUCUACUGGGUGGAGUUCACUAGAGGAGGUCUAAACGGAAUUUUCAGAAUAAGGCCUAAUGGAACUGAGCUCCAGCACAUUGUAGAACAAGGAAUCGGUUCUAACGGAAUCAGGGGAUUGGCUGUGGAUUGGGUAGCUGGUAACCUUUAUUUCACCAACGUUUUCCCACACGAUAACUAUGUGGAAGUGUGUAGACUCGACGGAAGUUACAGGAAAGUUCUAGUAAAAAAAACCAUGGACUCUCCUAGGGAAUUGGCUGUGAACCCCAUCAAACGGAUCCUUUAUUGGAUAGAUUAUGGACAGUAUCCUAAAUUGGGGAAGGCUUAUUUGAACGGGAGCAACUGGGUACCCAUAGUUACCUCUGGGAUCAGCGCUCCUAGGGAUAUUACUAUAGAUUUCGCCACCCACGAUGUUUAUUGGGUAGAUUCUAUCCAAGAUAAUAUCCAGAAAGUCUCCUAUACUGGAGGAAAUAGGGAAAUCAUCAGAAGAAAUCUACCCAAUCCCAUGGCAGUUACCGUUUUCAGAAACGAAGUUUAUUGGGUGGAUAGGAAUUUAGCCACUGUUUUCAAGGCUGCCAAACUGGCCAAUAAUAGUCGAUCAAUUACCGUCAAGUCCAAUUUAGUAAAUGUUAGAGAUAUUAUAGUGUUUGACGGGGAAAACCAGCCGGAAGAUUUGGGGAAUCCCUGUUUGAAGAACGGGGGAUGCUCCCAGCUCUGUUUUGCCAUGCCUAGAGAUAAUAUGGUGGAAUCCUGGUGCGACUGCGCCGUAGGCAGGCUCGGGGAGGAUGGGAAGAGUUGUGAGAAUGUGGACGAGUUCCUGGUGUUCGCCACAAGAACGGAAAUUAGAUCUAUAAGCCUGGAUCCAAAGAAUACUAGUAUUCCUUUUGUUUCUGUGGGAAAUUUGACGAACGUGGUAGGCGUGGACUUCGAUUACCAGGAUAAGAAACUACUGUUUACGCAAAUUAGACCUUGGGCGAAGAUUGCCUGGUUGCAAGCGGAUGAACCUUCAACUUCAGAGAUCCAUACGCUGAUCAGCAAGGGGAUAAAUCCGGAGGGGAUUUCGUACGACUGGACACAGAAGAAGGUCUAUUGGACAGACUCCUCCAACAACAGCAUCUACGCAAUGGACAUAGACGGUUCUAACCUAGUGAUGAUCGCCCGAGUAGACAGACCUAGAGCCAUAGUGGUGGAUCCUUGCAACGGGUCCCUUUACUUUACCGACUGGGGCCGUUUCGGGACCUCUGGAAAAAUCUUUAAAACCACCAUGGCGGGUUCUUUGAAAACCCCAAUAGUGGACAAAGACCUCUCCCAACCCAGUGGCCUGGCCAUAGACUACGAGGAUCGGAUGCUCUACUGGACGGACGCCGUCCGCGAAAAGAUAGAACGUUCCCAACUCGAUGGAACCGACCGCCAGGUCCUAGUUAGCGCUACAAUCUACCCAUUUGCCAUAACCGUCUUUAGAGAACACAUCUACUGGACAGACCUUCAACUAAGGGGCGUUUAUCGAGCAGAAAAACACACAGGAGCCAAUAAAGUGGAACUAGUAAAACGCCUAGAAGAUUCCCCUAGAGAUUUACACAUUUAUUCCCCAGGUAGACAACGUUGCGAAAUAAAUCCUUGCAACAUUUCCAAUGGUGGCUGCGAUCAGUCCUGUCACCCUGGGGUAAACAACUCCGUAGAAUGCAAAUGUGACGACAAUAGCAGACUGGUAAACGAAGACAGAAUGUGCGUCCCAAAAAAUGUGACCUGCGAUUCCACUAAAUUUGCUUGUAGAAAUGGGCAUUGUAUCUCUAGAAUGUGGGCCUGUGACAGUGAUGAUGAUUGCGGAGACAGGUCGGACGAGGAUCCUAAUUACUGUUCUUACCAUUCAUGUAGCUCUAACGAGUUCAGGUGCAACAAUGGCAGAUGCAUCUUCAAAAGGUGGAAAUGUGAUCAUGAGAACGAUUGUCGAGACGGAAGCGACGAAGAAGGUUGUGUUUACCCUCCCUGUGCUGCAGGGGAGUUUACUUGCGCGAAUUACCGCUGUAUCCCAAAGUCACAAGUCUGUAAUGGAAUUAACGACUGUAAGGACAAUGUUACUUCGGACGAAACCCUCGAAAGAUGUCCAAGAACCACCACUUGCCCUCCUAACCAUCUUAAAUGCGAUAAGACUAACAUUUGCGUGGAGCCUUACUGGCUAUGUGACGGGGACAACGACUGCGGGGAUAACAGUGACGAAAACCCGCUCCACUGUGCUCACAGAACUUGUCCACAGAACAGUAUUAGGUGUUCUAAUCAUAGAUGCAUCCCAGCGACUUGGUACUGCGAUGGAGAUGACGAUUGUUUGGAUGGAAGCGACGAACCUGCGGGUUAUUGCCAGUCUGAGGGCAGAACCUGUUUUGGAGAUCUUUUUACUUGUGAUAAUGGCAAUUGUAUACCUAGAAUUUAUAUUUGCGAUGGAGAUAAUGACUGUUCCGAUUACUCUGACGAGGAUGAAAGGCAUCAAUGCAAUGACAGAAAGUGUGACGAGGAGACUGAGUUCACUUGCGUUGCGAAUAAAGUGUGGAACAGAGCUCAGUGUAUUCCUAAGAAAUGGCUGUGUGACGGGGAACCUGAUUGCGUAGACGCUGCCGAUGAGAAUGUGACUUUGUUGCACUGUCCAACGCCUACGCCUUGCUCCGAGGAACAGUUCACGUGUGAUAACGGCAGGUGUUUGAAUAAGAAUUGGCUCUGUGAUCAUGAUAACGACUGUGGAGAUGGAAGCGACGAAGGGAAAUUCUGUAACUCUAGGUAUAAGCCUUGCAGUGAACAGGAGUUCACUUGUCAUAAUUUUAAGUGUGUCAGGAAGCAGUUUAGAUGCGAUGGGCAGGACGACUGUGGUGAUCAUUCGGACGAAGAUGGAUGUCCUUCAAAAGCAAAGAACACAACCUGUCCAAACCCUGGAGAGUUCAUGUGCGCCAACGGAAACUGUAUAGAUCAGCGUCUGGUCUGCAACAAGGAACCCGACUGCUCCGACGAGAGCGACGAGCCCCCCCACUGCAAUGUGGAUGAGUGCGCCAGAGUAGAAUUGAACCAAUGUGGUCACAAAUGCGUGGACACUCCCACAGGCUACUAUUGCGAGUGUAAUCCUGGUUACAAGCUCCUGAGCGACGGAAAAGCUUGCGAGGAUAUCGACGAGUGUACGGAAACGGUGGAGGUUUGCAGCCAGCAGUGUGAAAAUACUCCAGGAAGCUACUAUUGCAAAUGCAAUUUGUUAUGGUACGAACGGGCGCCUGACGAGCACACUUGUAAAAGGAGAGACAACUUGAAGCCCUGGAUCAUCUUCACCAACAAGUAUUACGUCAGAAACAUGUCCAUUGAUGCCUCUAAUUAUAGUCUGAUGCAUCAGGAUCUAAUCAACGUCGUUGCUCUGGACUCUGAUUACACGGAACAGAUGCUCUAUUUUUGCGACGUUACUGCCAAAACCAUCUUUAGGGCACCGAUCGCUGGAGGAGAGAAAGAAGCAAUUAUCGGACACGAUAGUCUCGGGUUAGAAGGAAUAGCUGUUGAUUGGAUUGGUCGCAAGUUGUACUGGCUGGACCGACAUGCUAAACAUUUGGACGUAGCAGAACUUAACGGAACUAAUAGAAAAACUCUACUCACUGGAAUAGCUGAUCCACGGGCCAUUGUUGUUCAUCCUGGCACCGGAUAUCUAUAUUUCACUUCUUGGUAUCUUCAGGCGUACAUAGGCAAGAUGGGAAUGGACGGAAGCAAUUUUACAAGGAUCCUGACUCUCGAGGAUGGAAUCGCUUGGCCAAAUGCUUUGACUAUCGACUACUUUACUGACAGGAUCUUCUGGGCAGACGCUCACCUGGAUUACAUAGCAUUUGCAGAUUUAGAAGGCCACAAUCGACAUAAAAUCCUCACCGGAGCCUCAGUGCCACACGUUUUCGCCAUCACAGUCUUCGACGACUUCAUCUUCUGGACCGAUUGGAACCUGAAGGCCAUCAGCAGAGCGGAGAAGUUCUCCGGAGCCAAUUUAAGAGUCCUCCGCAACACUACGCACAGGCCAUACGACAUUCACGUCUUUCAUCCUCUACGCCAGCUGCCUUACAACAAUCCUUGUAUAAAAAACAAUGGCGGUUGCUCUCAUCUGUGUUUGAUAUCACCGCCUGCGAGUUCUUAUUUGUUAGAGGACUACGGACAACCAGAAAUGACGUCGUAUAAGUGCAAAUGUCCUAACCAAUUUGUGCUGGAGAAAGAUGGAAAGACUUGCAGUGCUAACUGCACCAAUGGCCAGCAUCGAUGUGGACCUCCGGAUGAAAAAUGCAUUCCGUGGUACUGGCAAUGCGAUGGGGAAAAGGAUUGUAAGGAUGGUUCCGAUGAGCCAAUUAGUUGUCCACCGCGUCUUUGUCGUCCCAGCGUUUUCCAGUGCGCGAAUGGAAAUUGCAGACCCAGUGUAGCCGUCUGCGACGGCGCUAUUGACUGCAGCGAUAAGAGUGACGAAGCUAAUUGCUCGUUGGACUGUGGAGAACUGGAAUUCAAGUGCAAAUCCAACGGAAGAUGCAUCCACGAAUCUUGGAAAUGCGACGGAGACGCCGACUGCAAGGAUGGAAGUGACGAAGACCCUGCAAUUUGUCAUAAUAGACCAUGCGAUCCAGACACAGAAUUCACCUGUAAAAACGGUAGAUGCAUCCAGAAAGUCUGGAUGUGUGAUUCGGACAACGAUUGUGGCGACGACAGCGACGAGCCGGCGUACAUGUGUCGCCAGAGGAAUUGCACCAUCGGCUGGGAACGAUGCCCAGGUCACGCGAAUUACCGCUGUAUCCCCAAAUGGCUGUUCUGCGACGGGAAGGACGACUGUCGCGAUGGGUCCGACGAACGACCCGAGAAUUGCCCUAAGUGCGACCCUAAAAUGGACUUCAAGUGUGCGAACAAUAGGUGCGUGCCCAAGCAGUGGCUCUGUGAUUUUGCUGAUGACUGCGGUGACGGCAGCGACGAAGCCGAGGCCAUGUGCAAGGACCGUUAUAGAGAGUGCUCGGAGUCCGAGUUCCGGUGUGACAAUGGAAAAUGCAUUGCCUCCAGGUGGAGGUGUGACAAUGAAGACGACUGUGGGGACAACAGCGACGAGAUUGGGUGUCAGAAGUUUGUGUGCAAGAACUAUACGUUCCAAUGUGCAAGUGGUCACUGUAUAGCAUCCUACCUACGUUGUGAUGGAACACGAGACUGUAGAGACAUGAGCGAUGAGAUUGGAUGUCAACCGAAAUAUCCAGGCGGAAGGUACUGUCCACAGUCUAGGUUCCAGUGCGAUAACAAUCUCUGCGUAUACCUGAUGGACAUUUGUGACGGGAGCGACGAUUGUGGUGACGGUUCUGAUGAAAACCCAGCCAUGUGUGCCAAAUUCAAAUGUGACACGACAAGGAGGUUCCAUUGUGCGAACCACAAGUGCAUCGCCAAAUACCAGUUAUGCGACGGAGUGGAUAAUUGUGGCGAUGGAUCAGAUGAAAACAAUAUUACUAUGUGUGCGUCCAGGGUUCGACUUUGCGAUCCUAUACUUGAGUAUACUUGCGCUAAUAAGAAGUGCAUCGAGAGAUCCAAGUUAUGCGACUUUGCUGACGACUGCGGAGACUCCUCUGACGAACUUGGAUGCCAUCAUAACAAGCCGUGUUUGGACAGCAACAAAGGCGGCUGUUCGCACUAUUGUCACAACAUCACCGAUGGAGGUUACAUCUGUGCCUGCUAUCCUGGUUACAUAAUCUCAUCCGACAAUAGAAAGCACUGCGAAGAUAUAAACGAAUGCUCCACCGGACAACACCAAUGUUCCCAACUGUGCACUAACCUAAAUGGAACCUAUUCCUGUUCAUGUAGAAAAGGUUUCGAACUCUCUGACAACCGCAGUGGAGUCUGCAAAGUUCAGGACGGCGAAGCCAUGAUUCUGUUCGCGAAUGGGCCAGAGAUCAGAGCGUACGAUCUCCAGAAGAAGGAUGAGCUGGAAGUCGUAGCAAACGAGAAAAGAGUUCAGGCUGUCGAUUUCGAUCCCAGGGCUGAGUACGUGUUUUGGAUCGAUAGCCACGAUCAUUCCAUCAAGAGGUCGUACAUGUUAAAUGCUAGAGGUGGACAGGUCAAGAUUGGAUACGCGCAAGAUCUCAACAUUAAGAGCGCAGCAACUCCCACGAGUUUAGCAGUGGACUGGAUCUCAGGGAAUCUUUACUGGACCGAAAUCGAUUCGUCGGGAAGAACACCGUUGGGUCGAGUGAUGGUUUCAAAAGCUGAUGGAAGGUACCUUAGAAGUUUGGUGACGACAGGUUUGGAGAUUCCAACUUCUAUUGUUUUGGACCCGGAGCUUGGCAGAGCCAUUUGGACAGAUGUUGGCAGUCAGCCCAAAAUUGAAAUCGCUUGGAUGGAUGGCGAUAAGAGGAAACAACUGGUCACGGAACGAAUUGAACAACCCAUUGCACUUGCUAUAGAUUAUUCGAUGAAUCAUGUCAUUUAUUGGGCUGAUAGCAAACUUAACACCAUCGAAUCUAUUGAACAGGAUGGUUCGAACCGCAAGGUAUUAUUGAAAGGUGAUAGCCUGAAGCACCCAGUAUCACUGGACGUUUUCGAAAGUAGUCUCUACUGGACGACUAGACAUACUGGUGAGCUGAUCCGUCAAGACAAAUUUGGCAGAGGCGUUCCCCAAAGUAUUGUGAAGAAUAUUCCUACCCCUGGAGGGGUCAGAGUCUACCACCAGCUGCGAUACAACACCACUCUGCGAAAUGUUUGCCAUGAUGAUCAGUGUACGCAUCUCUGCGUGCCUAUUCCCGGAGGAAAUCGAUGUCUCUGUUCAGAUACCAUCGGGCCGCUUCAGCAGAGAACCUCUCCUUUAUCGAACGAGAGACACUGUGACGCUACAAACGAAAGACCUUUGCCUGCGCCUAGGAUUUGUCCUUGCAGAAACGGGGGUCUGUGCCAGGAAACUGAGGAUGGAAACAAAUUACUGUGUUCUUGUCCAGCUUACUUCCAUGGAGAACAUUGCGAAACUGGUUUAAUGGCCACCAGGUCUGGGAACGCCACGGCAGCUAUAGUUAUUCCCAUAGUAAUCUCUGUUCUGGUCCUCCUUGGAGCUGCUGCUGUCAUCAUGGUGCUAAAGAAGCGACCGUUUGGAAAGCCUGGAGGUCUUGGCAGUUUAACUGGUGCUCAAAGCGUGUCUUUCAGACAGGGUAGCAACGUCGAGUUUGGAGCACCUGCUCACGAAAGAAUGGAACCUUUGGACGUGGAGUACAACCUUGGAGACGUGAGUAACAAGAACAGGGAUUUUAGUAACCCAAUGUAUGACGCUGUGAACACGGAAACAGCUACUAACGGGACCAGCAGCAUGUACGAGCUUCCAGCUGAAAUGAAACCAUCCAGCGUCCAGCACAAAGAGCCGCCACAGUUGCACCUGAAGAGGAAAGAGCUCGAUCCAACGGCCGUCGACUCGGGAAAGGAUACCCAGCAGCUGGUCGAGGAAGACAAGUCUGAGUGUUAGACAGUUUGAACUCUUUUGUGCAGUGAUCGUAGUUAGAAUGUCGAGGUGACACGACCAGAGAGAAGAAAAUGUAGAAGAAGGAAAACCUUGGUCUGAUUAUAACAAUUCCCUAGUUACACCUAACUACAUAGUGCCUUGUGCCAACGUACUGAUCAAUUAGAAAAAGUUAUUGGUACUUUUACAUCGGUGUCUUUUAUAUUCAGAGUUGGGGAAAAAUGUAGUCUGAUUAGAUUUAUCAGGGAUAAUGUUAUGUGAAUUAUACUAGAAUUAGGUUUUAAAGCUUUUAUGACGAUUAUGGGGCUAUUGGACGGUGAUUACAGUGUAAUUUGAUAGUUUUUAGACUAACUAGUGGUUUAUAGUUAUGAUUAUAGUGCAGUUGGACGCUAAUCACACUAUAAUUAGUUUCUACACGAAUCAAAGAUUUACAGUUAGAAUUACAGUGAAAUUUGUCGUUAAUUACCGUGAAAUUACACGUAUGUAAUCAUUGGAAAUGUAAUUAGAUUACAAUUUCAUCCAACUCUGCUUCCAUUUCUGCGAUUCUAAUUUUAUACAGAAAACGUUUUAAAAUAGAGGUAAAAAAAUUAAAUUUUAUAAGAAAGAUAUGAAAAAACCGUUCAGUAUGAACAGUAUUGUUGUUUGUAAAACACUAUGAAAGCAUGCAUUUUGCAUUUACUUAGGUGUUUGUAAAAGUUUUUUGCAAUGGAAAUUGUUGAUGUAUAAUUUCCUGCGAAUUAGUUAACACGAAGUGCACACAGUAAGUGUAUCUGACUACGCUACUUCUUUCUAGAGAUGCAUUCGUUGCACUUGUAUCUCACUGUAGCCCACAAUUGCCAUGCUCCGCGCACAGAAAAAAAUACUAAAAUUAUUGAGAAAGAUGGAUAGAAACGUUAGGUGGAUGAAUAAUUGUGUUUCAAGUGGGAUGAAAGUGCAAUUAAUGAAUUUGUGUCAUCUUAGGUGCGAUUUGUAAGUCUUGUAAAUACGAUUUAUCGCAGAAUAUUGUUUUCACGUUGUCCAUGUACCAUAAAGAAACAAAAACAUUCCACAUUCUUGAGAAUUACUCGAGGCAGAUAGAAAAAAGUUUGUUGGAGGGCUGUAAUUUAAGGGUUUGGGCCUCACGAAACAAGUUUUUCUCUAUCAAAGUUUGCUCCAGCAAGCAAACUGUUGUUACAUUGUACAUUUUUCUAGAUUAUGCGAAGGAGGGAACAGGUCGGUGUACAGUCUUUCGUGGAAAGUAAAUUGGUAAUGACCUAUUUUGAAGAAACCACAGAGUAGAAUGCUCUUGAAUAGAGAUUUAUUUGCCACGGUAGAAUCUUGAUUAUGUUUUAAUCGAAAUAAAUUGUAAUUGGAACGUUUGGGUUCUGAGAGUCGUAAAGAUUAUUCGAAUUGUUAACACGACUCUCCAAGCGAACUUAAGUGAAAUUAAUCAAACGAUUUGAGUUUGAUCAAAAUUGGUAACGCAACUCUCCAAGUGGACUCGAAAGAAAUGAAUUUCAACGCGAAAAAUAUUUAAAAAUUAACCAACGAUUAGUUAAUCGAGUUUCUCACCGUGCGAUUUCGUUUUUUUUUUACAGUACGUUGUAUAUAGGUUUACGGAUCAAUGAAGGAUAGAAGAUUGUCACUGCCUGUCCUCCAACAGAUUUAUACAUAAAGUUAUAUAAAUAAACAGAUCUAUCUAUGUAUAUGUACGAGAACGCGCGAUGAAUAAAAAUGGCGCGUAAUCGGGAACGACUUCGUCCUGGGCGGGGCUCCAGAUUAAUAUUAUUUUAUCUGUAUCAGUA